UCUUGCGUGUAUUGUCACGUACCGAAACCACACUCCACUCAUAUUAAAAUUCUAUUCUUUACCAUAAACAUUUAUCAUUCGUUUCUCAUCUCUAAUUUCUCCUCUUUUUUUUUUUCCCUAUCUGAUAGGGUUUCCAUCUCCUUCAAGCUCUAAUCUUUCUCAUGCAUUCCUGUCUUCAAGAACAAGAACUAUACGGUGUUGUAGCGAUUUCCAUAUUUGUGGGGUCUCUGUUUUUUGCUCUCUUUGGAGGGUUUUUGGGUCAGGAUCAGUUCAGAUUUUACCUCCCGGGGUUUUUUGAGCUGUACCCAUGUCUAAGCUCCUUGCUUUCUCUGGUAAUGAUGAUUUUUGCCCUGGGGGGCCAGUAUACCCAAACCCCAAGGAUUCGAGCGUCUUUCUGUCCCUUGGGUAUCAUUUGGAUGUGUAUUUUCCUCCUCGCAAGAGGUCUCACAUUUGUGCUCCAUUUGUUUUCAGCGAAGAGAGAUCUGAGAAGAAACAUGUCUCUAUUGAAGUCCUGCCUGAUGAAUGUCUCUUUGAGAUCUUCAGACGUUUGCCUGGAGGCAAGGAGAAGAGUGCCUGUGCAUGUGUUUCCAAGCGCUGGCUUUCUCUUGUAAGCAAUAUCCGUAGAGACGAGUUUAGCAACAGAUCUUCAAAGCCUGAAGCUGAGAUUAUUGAAAAGAAAGCAGAUGCUGAAGAUGUGGGUGUUGAGGAUGAUGGAUACCUCUCCAGGAGCUUGGAAGGAAAGAAAGCUACAGAUAUUAGACUUGCUGCUUUGGCUGUUGGAACUUCUAAUCGUGGAGGAUUGGGAAAACUUUUUAUCCGUGGAAGCAAUUCUAGUCGUGGCACGACGAACGCUGGCCUUAGGGCGAUUGCCUGUGGCUGCCCAUCUCUAAAGGUUCUCUCCUUGUGGAAUGUGUCUUCUGCAGGGGAUGAAGGUCUUUUUGAGAUUGCUAGUGGAUGUCACCACUUACAGAAGCUUGACCUUUGCCAGUGUCCUAAUAUUACUGACAAGGCUUUGAUUGCAGUUGCAAAGAACUGCCUGAGUUUGACUGAUCUGACCAUAGAGUCUUGCUCCAGAAUUGGCAAUGAAGGUUUGCAAGCUAUUGGGCAAUGCUGCCCCAAUCUGAAGUCCAUUUCAAUCAAAGACUGCCCUCUCGUUGGGGAUCAGGGAAUCGCAAGCUUGUUGUCUUCAGCCGCUAAUUCCCUGUUGAAAGUGAAGCUUCAAAGGUUGAACAUCACUGAUGUUUCACUUGCUGUUGUUGGACACUAUGGCAAGGCAGUCACUGAUCUUACCCUCACUGGCCUUUCACAUGUGGGUGAGAGAGGCUUCUGGGUUAUGGGCUCUGGUCAUGGGUUGCAGAAGUUGAAGUCUUUGACAAUUACAUCCUGCGGAGGAGUAACAGAUCUGGGCCUUGAAGCUGUGGGAAAGGGUUGCCCAAACUUAAAACAAUUCUGCCUCCGAAAAUGUUCGUUCUUGUCUGACAAUGGGCUGAUCUCUUUUGCCAAAGCUGCAGUAUCACUUGAAAGUCUUCAAUUGGAGGAGUGCCACAGGAUUUCCCAAUUUGGGCUUUUUGGUUCUCUUUUGAACUGUGGUGCAAAGCUGAAGACCAUUUCCCUAGCGAGCUGCUUGGGGAUGAAGAUCUUAAAUCUGUCAGUACCUUUGUCAUCUCCUUGCAAAUCCUUGUUAUCAUUGUCCAUUCGUAACUGCCCUGGAUUUGGUGAUGCAAGCCUCGCCAUGUUGGCGAAGUUGUGCCCUCAGUUGCAGCAUGUGGACUUAAGUGGACUUCAGGGAAUAACAGAUGCUGGAGUUUUACCUCUAGUUGAAAGCUCUGAAGCUGGCCUGGUGAAGGUUAAUCUUAGUGGUUGUGUGAAUGUGACAGACAAAGUUGUUUCAUCCAUGACUGAUCUACAUGGUUGGACUCUUGAAAUGCUCAACCUUGAUGGUUGUAAACAAAUCAGUGAUGCAAGCUUGGUGUCAAUUGCAAAUAACUGCCUGCUUCUCAGUGAUCUUGAUGUCUCAAAGUGUGCGAUCACUGAUUUGGGAAUUUCAUCUCUAGCUCAAGCAAGCCACCUCAACCUGCAGAUCCUUUCCAUGUCAGGAUGCCCCUUGAUUUCAGACAGGAGCUUGAAUGCUCUCAGGAAGAUGGGUCAAACCCUUUUGGGAUUAAAUCUCCGGAACUGCAACGCAAUCAGCAGCAGCACCAUUGAUUUUCUUUUGGAGCAGUUGUGGAGGUGUGAUAUCCUUUCAUAAACAAGUGAAAGAUUUGGUGAAACCCCAUCCUUGAAUUAGUUUGACAGAUGCCAAGCGUGGGGUUGCAAUAAACCAUGAAGCUUCAGAAUUGUAGUCAGCCUUUGUGAGUAUCAGCUGUUAAUGUAAUUUUUGGGUCCAUCAGCUAUGGGUCUUUGAUAUUCCAGUACUCAGGGAUCUUUUUCCAGGGAGCACACGGCCAUAUUUAUUCCUCUUUUUUGCAGGUUUCCAGUGAGUGGAAAUCUGUUUUAAGUUUUUUGACCCCAAUAGUGGGUUUCACUUUACUCGUGGCCAUAUUUCCUGAGAAUACAGUUAACCGGGUUCUGUUUCUGGGUUACUUUCUCCAAUGUGUGUUUUAGCUUAGUCCUGUUUCUUAUGUAUAUGCUUGGACCAAGCUUUCAUUUCAAGUCCUUUUACUACCGAGUCUUUAUCUGUUUCAGAAUUGGUCUUUUGUUUUCCCCAAGGGGCAGAUUAAAAGUUUUAGAGUCGUUGUGCCAUUGGUUUUAGCAGUUGGAAUAUUGGUGGCUUGUUGUCGUGGGGCUUGGCCUUGGCAGCGAGUUAUAUGGUCUGCCAUGACAACCUUUGUGGGUUGUUUUUUUCUACCAGUCCUAUGGUUUUUACAGGCUCAUUUGUUUAUCAACUGUACAUCAUGUAAUGGAAUCAAUAAUCGCCCUUUGUGAUGUAAACUUGUAAGACUAUUUUAUCAAAUAAAUAAAGUCUGUAUUUAUGUA